AUGUCCUCCAACGAAAACUCAAACAAUCAAUCAAACGGUAACAAGUCCUCAAACCGUAACUUCAUUAAACGUCCUGACGUUUCUGUCAGAGACAAGAAGUUGGACACUUUGAACGUUCAAUUGAAGAAGAUUGACACUGAAAUCUCUGGUAUUAGAUCUCAAAUCGAUAAGAUUCAAAAUUCUGACUCUGUCUUAUCUGAACGUAAGAAAUUGCAAGACUCCAAUAAGAAAAUUAUUAAGGAUCAAGCUGAAUUGAAAAAUCGUAGAAAUGUUAUCUUUGAAAACAUUAAGGUUUUAGACGCUAAUAUUAAGAGAAAGACCAAUGAUAUCAACGAAAAGUUGGGGAAGAAGCAUAAGUAUAAUACCACUGCUGAAGCUAAGCAAAGAAUUAGUGAAAUUGAUGACAUGAUCGGUGGCGGUGAUUUAUCUAUUGUUGAAGAAAAGAUGUUCAUCAAGGAAGUUCAAUCUUUGAAUAAAUUGAUGAAGGAUUUGGCCGCUGUGGACCCAAUUAAGAAAUCUGUCGACGAUGAUAAGAAGAAGAUUGCUGAAUUGAAGGAAGAAUUAAACGGUUUGAGUCCAAAGAAUCUAUCUAAUGAUUUUGAAAAGAAUCAAGAGAGAUUAAAUAACUUGAACGAAAAAUCUCAAGGUGUUUACGAUAAGAGACAAGCCUUGUUCUUGAAGAGAACUGCUUUAUAUGCUAAACGUGAUGAAAUUUACUCUCAAAUCAGACAAAUUAGAACUGAUUUCGAUAAUGAAUUCAAGGCUUUCAAGAGUAAGAUGGAAAAGGAACGUUUGAGACGUGAAGAAGAUGAAAAAUUAUCUAAAUUAAUUGAGGAAAAGGAUUCUAAUUUAGGUAAGUUGCAAGAAAAGUUAGCUCAUGCCAAACUUCCAGCUUUCACUUUCGAAAUUGAAGCCAUUGAAAACUCUUUGCUAAACUUGGAUCCAACUUAUGUUAAGCCAAAGAAGAAUGUCCUUGGCGAAUUAGAGGCCACUAAUAAAGAUAUAAAUACCCCACAACAUAUUAGAAAAGUGGAACCUGCUGACGACUUAGUCCUUGUUGUUGAAAAGAAGGAAGAUGAUAUCUUUGCUAACACUGCGCCAUCCAAGUCAAAGAAGUUCAAGAAGAAGAACCAAAAUAAGAAUAAGCAAGCCGAAGCUGGUUCAUUCUCCAAGAUUGAUGGUAAGUUCACCUUGGAACCAACUUUAAUUGCUACUUUAGCUCAAUUAGAUGUUAAAGUCCCAAUCUCUAAGGAUGAUGUUGCAAUCACUGUUGAACAAUUGAAAAAGAAGCAUGAAGAACUAGAAGCAAAGCAAGAUGAACAAACUGAAAAGAAUAUUGCUGCUGUGGAAAAGGAAAUCGAAAAAUUGGAACUCAACUAUAAGAACAAAGAAGCUGAAGUUAAGAAACAGUUGAAAGAGAAGAGAUUGAAAGAGCAACAAGAGAAGGAACAACAAGAAGCUGCUCAAGCCUAA